AUGAACCAUGUUGAUGUGGAUCAGUUACUCGAAGAUUAUGCCUGGGGGCAUUUCAAGGAUAUUCAAUCACUUCGAAGGACCCGUCUAGACGACUUCAAAUCCCUCGAACGGGAUGACUGCGAAUUCAUUAUUAAUCGAAAGAAUCUCAUGUGGAUCAAUGAAGACCCACAAUACACGGAAUUCGUGCCGGUUGGAGCAAAACCCUACACUCUCUUCAAAUCCGUCUACACGAAUAACACCAACAGGCCCCAAGAGUACUCAUUCAAAACGGAGCGAACGACCGAGUCACUUUGUUCGAUUAGUCGAGAGCAAGGCUAUUCAAUGGGAGCUGAAGCUGAACUCACUUUGAAGACUCCAUGUAGGUUCUUUCCCAUUUGGGACAAUGAUGAUGAGAUGAAUUUUCCGUUACUGCUAAUCCAAUCAACGCCGAUUCCACGCAAUGUAGCCGAGCGCGUAACAAACAGUCCACUUUUUGUGGGUUCGGGGACACUCAAUUACUGGCAACACCGGGAAAUGUAA